AUCGGGAGAUACAGACGGCCAUGUACUGUUGUAUCGAAGCCGUCUGCACUUACGAUGGUUUUCUCCUUCCAGGAUCGAUCUGGUGAUUAGCCUUUCCACCCAGCGGAAGUUCAGCGGCCAGGAUCAAAUCCCCAAUGUUCCGUCCAGAUCCACCAAAAGAUUUAUCAUUUAUUUAUUUUGUUUCAAUAGACCACCGAAUAAGGUCCCAAUGUAGACGCUGUCCUCAGGGCUGUCUACAGAUGACAUGUCAGGCCAUUGUAGACAGACGUUGUCGAAACUGUUGCAAAUGCCCUUAGGGUUUGGUUGUUCCUACUGCGAUUCCGUCUCUCCGAGUAGAAGGCGACUUUGGUUUCCUCCCUUCGCGCCAACUUUGGUUUCCUCUUCGCGCCAGCUGAUUCAAACACGGAUUCGUAUUUGAGACAGAGCGGGAUCUCCUACCCGACCCCCCGCCCCCCUAAAUUGAAGUAGCGCACACAGAGACAUCGUCGAAUCAUGGGGCUGAUGGCGCUGAAUCGACUCAUGUCCAGGCAGCGGGAGCAGAAGCAGAAGCGAAAUCGUGGCCGUAUGGAAGCCAAUAAUGGAUGGAUCGCUUCAUUUUCUAAAAGAAACAGAUCACCCUGCCGACAGGAUGUUAAUUCUCAUGGUGGCAAAAAAGUAAGAUAUCCAAUGCCAGAUCUUCCAGAGGACAUCUGGCGUCAUAUACAUUUCCUACUGCCAAUGCAAGAUGCUGCCCGUGCUGCCUGUUUGUCUAGGUCCUUUCAAAGCUCCUGGAAAUGCUACCCCAAUCUUACCUUCACUAAUGAAACAAUGUGCUCCAAAGAAAAUUUAUGUAAGAGAACAACAGGCUCAAAUGUUAUAAGAGACUACAACAACAAGAUUGACCGUGUUUUAAGAAACCACUCAGGAGCUGGUGUGAAGAAAUUGAGGCUUGAAUACUAUGUUAUUCCUUGUGAUGCAGAACCGUAUCAUCAUCUCACCAGUUGGCUCCAGAUUGCGGUUACACCAGGGAUUGAACAACUCCACCUUACAUUAUCCCCGAAGGAUGCAACGUUUAACUUUCCAUGCAUGCUUCUAUCUGAGACAUGUCAAGGCUCGAUGCAGUAUCUUCACCUUGCCAAUUUGGACUUACAUCCCACAUUUCAACUUGGUUUGAGAACCCUGAGAACGCUGCAUCUGUGUAAUGUGCAUAUUACUGAGGAUGAGUUAGGGUGCCUUCUGACCCAUUCCUUUGCUUUGGCACAUUUGAGACUUCAAUAUUGUCAUGACAUCAUUCGCCUGGAGAUACCUUGUCUGCUGCAGCGGCUCAGGUUCCUGGAAGUGCUGGAAUGUAGCCUUCAGGUGUUAGAGAUCAAUGCCCCAAAUAUCUUCAGAUUGCGCUUAUUAGAUUUUAGUGUGCAAUUCUUGCUUGGAAAGUCAUGGAAGAUGAAGAACCUGAUGUUGAACAAUAGCUGUGUCAUCAGUUAUGCUAUUGACAACCUUCCUUCCUGUGCACCAAAAGUUGAGACUCUUACCAUACAUUCUAGUUAUGAGAUACUUAAUGCACCAGUGGCAUCUAGCAAAUUUCGCCACCUCAAGUUCUUGAAUAUUUAUCUUGCUGGACUCCAUUCUCAUCGGGACUAUGAUUACUUAUCCUUAGUUUCUUUUUUUGAUGCUUCUCCUUUGUUGGAGAAGUUUGUCUUGCUUGUAUCACGAGUGCAGUCCAAGUAUGACUGGUUUGAGGGAGAUCCCUCAUCUCUGAGACAAAUGUCAGAACACCGCCAUCGCAACCUCAAGAGUGUGAAGAUCAGUAGUUUCUGCCCCCAAAAAAGCAUGCUUGAGCUAGCACGUCAUAUUCUUGAGAAUGCAACAUCACUUGAGUGCCUUACAUUGGACACCACUCCUAUCAGUCACCGAUGUUCUGGCGAUAUGUUGGACAGGAAAUGCCCUCCACUGGAAACUGAAUGUAUAAGGGAUGCACAUAAAUCAAACUUGGCUGUGAGAAAAUACAUUGAGGGGAAAGUUAACUCCACAGUCAAGUUAAACUUACUAGGGCCUUGCAGCCGGUGUUAUGCUUUGUGAAAUUCAGAUCUCAAAUCACCUUGUGAAGUUUAGUUGUUAAAUGUUUGCCUUUGAGUUCUUUGUUAGGGCUCCGUGAUACAACUCCUAUAAUAACUUAUUAGCAUACUGUCAAAUUUAUGUAUUAUUUACUUGAUUCA